GACCGGGACACGACUUUCGGGCCGCCCGCCCCCUGAGUGGCUGCUGCAGCGCCAGGAGUCGAGGAUGGUAAAAUGACCCAGGGGAAGAAAAAGAAACGGGCCGCGAACCGCAGUAUCAUGCUGGCCAAAAAGAUCAUCAUUAAAGACGGAGGCACGCCUCAAGGACUAGGCUCCCCUAGUGUUUACCAUGCGGUCAUUAUCAUCUUUUUGGAGAUUUUUGCGUGGGGACUCCUGACAGCACCCACAUUGGUGGUAUUGCAUGAAACCUUCCCUAAACAUACAUUUCUGAUGAAUGGCCUAAUUCAAGGAGUAAAGGGUUUGCUGUCCUUCCUCAGUGCCCCACUUAUUGGUGCUCUUUCUGAUGUUUGGGGCCGGAAAUCCUUCUUGCUGCUAACAGUGUUCUUCACCUGUGCCCCCAUUCCUCUGAUGAAGAUCAGCCCCUGGUGGUACUUUGCUGUUAUCUCUGUUUCUGGGGUUUUUGCAGUGACAUUCUCUGUGGUAUUUGCAUAUGUAGCAGAUAUAACUCAAGAACAUGAAAGAAGUAUGGCUUAUGGGCUGGUUUCAGCGACGUUUGCCGCCAGCUUAGUCACCAGCCCUGCGAUUGGAGCUUACCUUGGACGCGUGUAUGGGGACAGCUUAGUGGUGGUCCUUGCUACAGCAAUAGCUCUGCUAGACAUUUGUUUUAUCCUCGUCGCUGUGCCAGAAUCAUUGCCUGAGAAGAUGCGGCCAGCAUCGUGGGGAGCGCCCAUUUCCUGGGAGCAGGCUGACCCCUUUGCAUCUUUAAAAAAAGUGGGCCAAGAUUCCAUAGUGCUGCUGAUCUGUAUCACGGUGUUUCUCUCCUACCUACCGGAGGCAGGCCAGUACUCCUCCUUCUUCCUUGCAUUCGCUAAUCAAAUGCGCCACUGGCAGGCAGACAGGAGCCCCUUGUUCUUUAUGGAAGCCCAUUCUUCGCUCUCUUUGUUUGGUGGCACGUACUUCCCAGACCUGGGAAUCAACCUUUCCUCUAAGGAGCUUUUCAGUGAUACUUUCUGGGGACCACGGCCUGCCGCCGCCGCAGCCGCCACCACCACCGCAUACACUUGCUAG